UUAUGUAUAUAUACUAAUAAGAACGAUUAAAAAAGGAAUUAAUCAUUCACCAUGAAGUUUGGCAUCAUAAUAAGUACCUCAGUUCUUUUGGUCCAAGCUGCCAUUGUGUUAUCAUGGGAUACUCAAAGACUUGCCGUUCCUGGCGAAUUUCCCUACAUAGUUGGAAUAAUGUGGAAACCAAACGAGAUAUCAAGCCUCUUUACUUCGUGUGCUGCCACCGUUCUUAACGAAUUUUGGUACUUAACUGCGGCACACUGUAUCGACUUUACACCAGAAAGUGGGCGCCUUGUUGUUAAAGCUGGUAGUCAUAAUAUUGGUACAACUUCUGAACAUGAUCAGAUAAUUGAAAUAGCAAGUGUUAAUACUCACGGAAAAUAUCCAGGGAGGGGGCCGGUUAUUGGAAAUCUAGCGCAUUACGAUAUAGGUUUAAUCAAAGGACAAACGGCUCUAGUAUUUAACGAUUUUGUAAAACCAAUUAAACUUCCAAAACCCAAGACUUUGAUUGGAGAUCAGAAAUUGGAAUAUAAUUUCAUAGCAAGCGGCUGGGGUUUAUUUCCUCAUGCUAUGAUGCCUGACCAACCAACUGCAAUGCGCACCAUACAUUUGCCGAAAGUGCGUAGUAGAGUUUGCCAAGACGCAAUAAGGAACCAUAUUCCUGGUUUCAUUUUCUCCGAUCACCAAAUGUGUACCAGACCUCUUGAUGGAACGAUUGGAGCCUGUAUUGCUAAUCAUGGAGGACCCCUUGUUCAAUAUAAUAAAGACAAUAAACCUAUAGUAAUUGGUGUUGUGAGCUGGAGUUCAUUACCCUGCACUACAAAUAAUUUGCCACCAGUUUAUGUACGAGUUUCUCAUUUCGUCAAUUGGAUAAAAAAGAAAAUGAAACCGUAA